UGAAAGAGUUUUUCGGCGAGCGUAUUUACCUGCGACACAGACGGUCACACAUGUGGGAGAGAAGAUGGCUAGUGGAGAUGUUUGGAGCGUGCUGGAGGAGUGUUUAAAGGAAAUAAAUGUCAACACAGCACAGCCAGAGAACUUUCUUAGCCUUCAAGAUGGAGUGGCAGCAGACUUUACCUCUCUCACUAAGACCCUGUACGACCUCCACAAAGCUGAGGAGCCUGCAGAUUCUAAAGGCAGCCCGUUGGCUCAGCUGGUGGUGGAAAACUUUGAUGAAGAGCAGAUCUGGCAGGAGCUGGAGCUGCAGAACAACGCCGUACUAGAACACUUUAAAAAUGUAGCUGAUGAGGCUUUGUCAGAUGAGACGUUAAUGGUGCUGGUAGAGGAGGAAGAAGUAGAGACUGAUGAUGAUGAUGAUGAAGAAGAGGAGGAGGAACUACCUAGACCUUCUAAGAAAAUGGCUUUGGUGGCUGAGGAUGGGGAAGAGGAUUACACAGAUGAGGACUCUGAUUUAGAUUUUGAUGUGGAUGCUCUGGAGAAGCGAGAGAAACAGAAGAAGGAGAUUAGAAGGAAAGGCUCCAAAACAAAGGUGAUUCCCUCUGAGGUUGAUGAUACGUUCUUCAAACUGUCAGAGAUGGAGUCGUUUCUUGAUGAUAUGGACAAGCGAGAAGGAAAGGAGGACGAGAAUGAAGAUGAGCUAGACUAUUUUCAGGACCUGCCCUCCGAUGAGGAUGACGAUCUCGACUUAGAUCAAGUACUUUCUACCAAAAAGAAAAACACAGUAAAGAGCUCCAGGAAUCUGAAGUACAAGGACUUCUUUGAUGCUGUGGAUGGUGAACCAGCUAAAGCAGAUGGCGAGGAUGACAGCAUGAAUGAAAGCCAAGAAGAAGGUGAAGAAGAAAUAGAUGGCGAGGAAGAUGAUUAUGAUGGUGAAGAGGAAGGCGGAGAUGAGGAUGAAGAGACCAAAGAAUCUAAUAAGAAAGUGACCUUUAAUCUCUCUGGGGACGAAGACAGUGAGGGAGAGGACAUGGAGGACAUUUUUGGAGGAAAAACUCCAAGCUCAGCAAAGUCUAAAUCAAAGUCAUCAUUUGAGAAACGCCAAGAAAAGAUGUCAGAGAAGAUCGACGAGUUGGAAAAAGCAGCUCUCGCAGAGAAGCCCUGGCAGUUGUCCGGAGAGGUGACUGCACAGACUCGUCCAGAGAACAGCAUGCUGGAGGAACAUGUGGAGUUUGAGCAGACAUCCAGGAUGGCCCCUAGUAUCACAGAGGAAACCACGCUACAGCUUGAAGACAUCAUCAAACAGAGAAUUAAAGACCAGGCAUUUGAUGAUGUGGUCCGCAAGGAGAAACCCAAAGAGGAGGUGUUUGAGUACAAAAAGAGGCUAACGUUGGACCAUGAGAAAAGCAAACAGAGUCUAGCAGAAGUCUACGAGCAGGAAUACCUCAAGCAGAAUCAGCAAAAGACAGAGGAGGAGAACCCAUCCCAUGUAGAAAUUCAAAAGCUUAUGGACACACUCUUCCUCAAGUUGGAUGCUCUCUCCAACUUCCACUUCACACCUAAACCGCCUGUUCCCGAGGUCAAAGUGGUGUCUAACCUGCCAACCAUCACAAUGGAGGAGGUGGCUCCAGUCAGCGCUAGUGAUGCUACGCUGCUUGCACCAGAAGAAGUCAAGGAGAAGAACAAAGCAGGAGAUAUUCUGGGUGAUACUGAGAAGACGUCAACGGACAAGAAGCGUGACAGACGCCACAAGAAGAUGGUGAAGCGUCUAAAGAUCAAGGAGAAAGAAAAGAGACAGAAACUUAAAGAGGCCAGUAAAACAGGCGAGAACAAAAAGCCAUCCAAGGCUGAAGUCACAGAAAACCUGAAAAAACUCACAAAAGGAGGGAAAGCCACAAUAUUGAAGGAUGAAGGGAAGGACAAGGCUCUGCGGUCGUCUCAAGCCUUCUUCUCUGAACUGCAGGACCAGGUUAAAAGUCAGAUCAAAAGUGCAAAGGACCAGUCUUCAAAGAAGAAGAAACACAAAGAGAUUUCUGUCAGCAAACUCAAGUUAUAACAACUGUGAUGGUUUGUUGUGGAAGAUUGUUUUUAUUGUACAGAUUCUUUUUUAUUAGAAAAAAAAAGGCUGCAAUAUAUUAAAUCUCAAAAGGCCCUGUUAAAUGUUUCCAUUUUCCUUAAAAUAAAUUAAGUGGCCAGAUGUGUUUGUUAGGCAGUGGGGUAUAGCAUUUUCAACUAUUAAUAAAUGUUUCACAUGAAAAUAUUUGUGUGUGUGUGUGUGUGUGUAGAUACUGAAAUACUAUGUUGUGUGAAAUCAAGGUGUAUGAGCAAUAAUACUCUUGCCUUAGUAAGAUAGUGGUCAGUUAAAUGUAUCAGGUACACAAAUGAAUUAUAAUUCAAGUAGAAUGAAAAGUGCACAUUGUAAAGAAUUGUUUCUUUCACUGUGUAACAUCAACUAACUAUAAGUAAUAGAAUAGUAUUGAGAUACAUUACAAAGGAAUAGAAAAAAAGUACUCAAAGACAGAUUACGUUUCAGAGUUUUAUGAAAAAAACAAAAGAUUUGACAUAUGUAACAUUCAAUUGAAAAAAAAUCCUACAAGAACCAACAUUUGUCUUAAAGUGCAUACAAAUUAUUUUAUGAAUUUUAAAAAUGUAUAGAAAUCUUAAAGGAUUUAUUGGAAUCAAUAGGAAAAAAAACGAGUUUUAAGAAAGGGGGAAAAAAAAGAUUUGGACUCAAAAUCCUAAAAGAAAAACUUUUCCUAUAAGGAGUUUUAGAAAUGUAUGGGAAUCUAAAGGAUUCUAUUGGAAACAAUGAAAAUCCUAUAGGACUUUUUGACUAGUGCAUUAAGUAUAAACACAUAAGUAUUAGUAGUGAAAGUAUCAAAAGUAAAAAAAAAAAAAAAAA